AUGCCGCUGCCAUGGGACGAUGUGCCGCAUGAGCAAGCGGCUUGGGCGCCCAUCGGUGCGGCGGCAGAGCUGAGGCGUCCGGCAUCGCAGCCUGUCGAACGUGUGUCAUGGAUGCCGCUCUCGCAGAUGCCGAUGCCGCAGACGCAGCAUGAACUCGAUGAGUAUACCAUGGACUCUGUGAGUGUUGAGUCGAGCGAGUCCAGCGCGUCGUCCGAGGCGCAAGACACUGUCGUGCCGAUAUCGCGGGCUCCUUUACGACUUUUGAGCGGAAUCGAGGCACUCGACACGUAUGCAGGUCGGUGGCAAAGCGGGGGCGCCUAUGCUCCACUUGAUAAGCCUGCGAGCCAUGACGUGUUGCGACGCGGCUUUCCCAUCGGAUCGGCCCUGGAGGUGGUCGGCCCCCCGGGUGUCGGCAAAACAACGUGGGCGAUGCAAAUGGCUAUUUCAGAGCGACUUGAGCACAUGAUGCAUACGAUGCAAUUGUGUAUGGAUCAGUACGGCACCGCCGAUGACGCACCUACGCCACCCAGCUCGCCACGCACACUAAUGGAUGCCAUGGACGUGGAUAUUGAGCCGUGGUGUGCUCAAGUUGUGCUGGUCGACACGGAAGGCAGCAUCGCGCCCGUCCGCCUCCUGUCGAUGACACGCGCAGCCAUCACACAGCACCACGUGUCUAUGGCCCAACGCUAUGCUCACUGCGCUGGUGUCGAUGCCGACGUGCAUCAUGCCAUCGAACGUGCUGUCUUGCGUGGCAUUCACUUAGUGCGCUGCACGACACUCGGCGAGCUACUGGCGUUUGCCGGCAUCGCAGCUUGUACCGUCCUCAAGGUACCGGGCCUCCCGCCCCGCACUUCGCUCCUUAUUAUCGAUACCCUGUCUUUUUUCACCUACGCGCAUGCACUGCCAAUCAAUGCGACGCGAGAACAGCGCAAAGCGCGUGAGGAUGCGAUUCAGUGCAUUGUGCGCUCGCUAACAACAUUACGAGACAGUCAGAUCCCCGAGCAAGACCGCAUCACGGUCGUGGUGACGAUGCAGAUGUCAACGCGCCGUCUGAACGAUGCUGGCUCGGUGCUUCAGCCAUCCCUGCUAUCCAAGUCAUCCACGCGGGAUGAUAGCGAAAGUGUGUUGGGACGCAGCGCACAGCGUUUUUUCUUAGCUUACAGUGAUGUGCGUGGUCAUCGUGUAAUAUAUCUCCCCUGGGACACAAGUGCUGUAGGCGUCAUGAUACACGCGCAUGGCUUGACCCAGUCCCUUACUUUUUCUCAAAUGUAUCCAUAG